CAAAACUGUCAGUGUCAGACAGCUAGCUGAGUAGAUCACCCGCGUUGUGUUUAUUUCCAAAACGUAUCACCAAUAUUUUACUAAAUACAGUGGAACUGUAUAUAACACCUUACUUAAAUGACUAACUACUAAGAAAAGACACGGUAACUGUCCAUUUUGACGAUGGAAGUGACGAGGAAAAAUUUCAAGGAGGUUUUACCUCUCGUGGCGAGCUCUAUAAAAGAAGCAGACUUUCUAGUUAUAGAUACGGAGUUUACGGGUUUAAUUAACGGGCGGGAUGUCUCAAUAUUCGAUUCGCCGCAAGAGUAUUACUUGAGACUUCUGAACGGGGCUACUGAGUUCUUGCUGAUACAGUUUGGUCUGUGUACGUUCUACUGGGACGAGGAAACAAAGCAGUAUAAGAAUGAGGCUUAUAACUUCUAUUUGUUCCCUCGGGGGCGGCCGGGCCCGGAGAAAUUGUUUCUGUGCCAGAGCUCCAGUCUUGACUUCCUGGCAUCCCAGGGAUUUGACUUCAAUAAAGUAAUAAAGGAUGGUAUAUCCUAUAUGACGGAGCCAACUGAGAGCCGACUGCGAGACAACCUCACAGAGAGACAGAAACUCUACUCCAAUGACAACAACAUCAUCCCAAUACCAGAAGAAAACAAGCAGCAUAUUGAAGAUAUUUGCAAGCGAGUGCGAGAGUUCCUGGACGAGUGCAAGAGCGACGUGCUGGAGAUCGACCGCUGCAACGCGUUCGUGCGCCGCCUGCUGUUCCAGGAGCUGGCGGUGAGGUUCAAGAAUGAGUGCUUCGUGGAGACCAGGGUGCUGGAGAACAAGAACAGAGUACUGAAAGUGACGCGGAUAACUGCAGAUAACGACGGCAAAGACCGAGACACUCUGAAGAAGGAGAAGGAAUGGGAGGAGCUUGAUGAGGCGGUCGGCUUCUCCAAAGUCGCCAGAAUGAUCAGCCAAUCAGAGAAGCUAGUGAUCGGGCACAACAUGCUGCUGGACGUGCUUCACACGCUGAACCACUUCUUCCAGCCGCUACCGGCCGACUACCAAGCCUUCAAGGAGUUCACCACCUGCAUGUUUCCCAGGCUACUAGACACCAAGUACAUGUCGAGCCUGCCCCCGUUCAAGGACAAGGUGAACUCGAGCGUGCUCCAGCACCUGUUCGCCACGCUCGGCGAGGAGCCCUUCCACAUGCCCACAGCAGACUCAACACAAGGCCGCGGCUACACGCAAGCCGACGACAAGAACCACGAGGCGGGCUACGACGCCUACGUCACCGGGCUCUGCUUCCUCUCCAUGUACUCACACUUGACCACCAUGCGAGGGGAACCGACCAAUCGCGUGGCGGCAGAGUCGGCCAUCUUGAAGCCGUUUGUCAACAAGCUGUUUCUAGCGAAGACUGCGCAUCAAGACUCGCCGUAUAUUAAUCUGGCUGGGAAGGAUCCGACACCCACCCGUGACCACGUGUUCUACAUGACAUUCCCGAAGGAAUGGCAGCGGAAUGACAUCAACCAACUCUUCAGUCCUUUUGGGCCAAUCUCCGUGCAGUUCCUGGACGAGACGAGCGGGCUGGUGGCGCUGCAGCGGCGCGAGCAGGCGCGUGACGUCACACGCGUGCUCGGCAAGAGCAAGCACGUCACUCUGGUGCCGUACGUCAAGUACAAACACGCGCUCGCUAAGACUCAAUCUCAGAACGACAAGCAAUGGCGGAAACCCGAGGAGCCGUCCUGCACAAUUUCUUCGCCGGUCUCUGCUUCCUGGACGAAGCCGAAGCCAGACAACUCGCAACAGUUCGUCCCUCAGAAGAUUGACCGCGCGGCGUUCGAGGCCGAACAGUCCAAGGAGGUCGCGAAGCUUCCAGAAAAGGUUGAGGUUCAGCCUCCGCAGGAUGUGACUUCAGAGGGCAGGCGGCGGUCGCAGAGCAUGACGUCAUCGUCGCCAUCGCCGGUCCGUGGUGCACGGAAGAGGACUUCUUCUGGGGUGUUUCAGGUUGACGAAGCAGAGCCGCCACCAAAGAAAAUCGAGAUUUCCACCGCCCCCGAAGUUUCCCGAAAGACCGAAGCCACGAACGGGAAACGAAAGGCGACGGAAAAAGCCGAAGGAGUGAAAGAGAAGGCAAAAGUUAAAGCUGUGCCAAAGAAAGUGAUAGAGCGAUUUGACAGUGCCAGUGAAGCUAAGGUUGUUAGCGCUUUUAAAGAAAGCGAUAGUUGGGAUUAACUAUAGAUGAUGUAGGUGUAAUCGAAAAUUAAAUUAUGAAUUUAAUUACA